CUGGAGCCUCCACACGGAGAGAGGAAUAGGCUACUCACGCAUUAUCGCACACGUCUCGGGUGGUGCACAGGACACAGCCGGGGUUUUAUCACGACUUAUCGCUUCAAUAAGUCUUUAAUAAGGCCACGCUCUGCCUAAAUAAAGGUGAAAUAAAUUAGCCAGACAGCAAAUGAAAUAAUAGUAAUCCGUCACUUACUAUGGGGGAUACGAAAAUAACUCCAGAGGCCCUGCAAGAGCUACUUUACCGGUAUAAUUUAACGCGUCAGGACUUUAUUGAAAUCUACAAAAUCCAACCGCUGGUUUAUACGCCUGAGCUUCCACCUGGAGCCAAGACAGCGUUCGUGAUUGUGUACGUGGUUAUUUUCUUGCUGGCACUACUUGGAAAUAGUUUGGUUGUUUACAUCGUGGUGAGAAAGCGGGGAAUCCAAACUGCCACGAACAUCUUCAUUUGUUCUCUAGCAGUGAGCGACCUCCUGAUUUCGUUCUUCUGCAUCCCGUUCACUUUACUGCAGAACAUCUCAUCCGAGUGGCUGGGAGGUGUUCUGGUGUGCAAGACCAUUCCCUUUGUCCAGACGACAGCAGUGGUGACAGGUAUACUCACCAUGGCGUGCAUUGCUCUGGAGAGGUACCAAGGCAUCGUCCAUCCACUCAGCAUGAAGAGACAGUACACACCACAGAGAGCCUACAGGAUGCUGGGAGUUGUUUGGCUUGCAUCCAUGAUUGUUGGAUCUCCCAUGUUGUUGGUGCAACAGUUAGAGGUGAAGUAUGACUUCCUAUACGACCUACACCACGUGUGCUGCCAGGAGCGUUGGCGCUCAGCCUCACACAGACAGCUGUAUGCCACCUUCAUCCUGGUAGUUCUGUUCCUCCUGCCCCUGGCGGCCAUGUUGAUCCUCUACACACGGAUAGGGAUCGAACUGUGGAUCCGCAAGAGGGUGGGCGACUCCUCUGUACUUAACACCAUGAACCAGGGAGAGGUGGGAAAGAUCUCCAGAAGGAAGAGGAGAGCCAUCAAGAUGAUGAUUACCAUUGUGGUGCUAUUCACUGUGUGUUGGGCCCCAUUCCACACCGUCCACAUGCUCUCUGACUAUAAUUACCUGGACGAGCAGUUCAACGACAUCACGGUGAACAUGAUCAUGGCCAUCGCCCAGGCCAUCGGUUUCUCCAACUCCUUCAACAACCCUAUCGUCUACGCCUUCAUGAAUGAGAACUUCCAGAAGAAAUGUGUGUCCACCUUCUCCCAGUGCUGCCGACGGCCAAACCAGAGGGUUGGAGCUCUAGAUGUCACCAGUAGAUCCAAACUGCAUGUCCGUUUUACCCGACCGAGGGACAGACAAGAGGUGGCCAUCUUGGAAGACAUGUCCAUCGUACAGGCCACCAGGACACAGAUUGGUGGGAUUGAGAAUGGGGCCUCAGAGCUAAAUACAGCUUUAUCCUAUGCAGAGGAGAAGAUCUCGUUUGUGACCUGUGAGCCACAGACAUGAGUGGAAGUCAGAUGUAGAUAUGCCUAGAUUAGAUUUGGGACUUCUGUUCCCUAAUGUGGUCCUGCUUGGCUCAGUUGGUAGAGCUUGCACCGCCAGGGUUGUAGGUUCGAUUCCCGGGGCCACCCAUACGUAGAAUGUAUGUAUGCAUGACUGUAAGUCACUUUAGAUGGAAGCGUCUAUAAAAUGGCAUCUAUUAUCAACAGUAAGGUUACAAUUGAAUCAAGUGAUUGAUGAUCCUAAAUAAAAGGACCAGUUACUUUUAAAGGACACCUAAAAUCAGUGUGUAGGUUUCUUUUCUGGAUUAGAUUUGUAUCUGAAAAAUAAUGGAUAUGACCACUCUACUCCUGUGUGACCUUAGACAUGAGAUUCUGGACUCUGGAGAGAGAAUAUGUGGCAUCAAUCAUCCAUAUUGUAUUUAUCUACGUUAUUUUUCCUCCACUUAGGAAAAAUAAUGGUUUUAUAGCGCUGCCUUUGAAAACUGACUAUAGGUAGGGUAUUGGUAUCCUCCAGAGUUAUGUAUUAUUUGUGACGUUUGUGCAUACAUUGUUGUGGCAUUAAAUAAAACUGUGCUGUGAAGUAUUUUUCAAUUUUCUUUGACAACAGAUGAAAGCGUAGGAAUGUGUCAUGCAGGGGCAGCUAGUGAAAUCACUGGAAUCCUAAACAAAGAGUUGCAGUCUGCUUUAGAAUGGGUUACCAGUAAUAAACUGGUCCUGAAGAUCUCUUAAAACUAAGAGCAUUGUAUUUGGUAAAAUCAUUCCCUAAGUUCUAGGCCUCGGCUGAAUCUGGUAAUGAAUGGUGUGGCUGUUGAACAGGUUGGCAGAUGUAGAUAGGCCUCACUGCAUGGCUUCUUGUUUUUAUAAGAGACAAUGUGUUGGAAAUUCCAAAUUGGUUCUUCUCAGUCCCCAGGUACAGAAGAAAUUCAAGAAAACAUACUGCUUCCCAAGUGACCUCCCAGGUCCACCCAUGGCUGCGCCUCUGCCCAGUCAUGUGAAAGCCAUAGUUUAGGGCCUAAUUAUUAUUUUUUUAAUUGACUGAUUUCCUUCUAUGAACUGUAUCUCAGUAAAAUAUUUGAAAUUGUUGCAUGUUGCGUUUAUAUUUUUGUUCAGUAUAUGUAAAUUGUAAAGUAUUUUGUCAUGUAUUUUUCGUUAUGU